AUGGGCGGCCGUCUUGGUGGCAUUUUUGCCAUCUUCAUCGCCUGUGCCUUCUUCUACCUGGGCCUUGCUCACCAGCCAUUGACGUUGGAUGAGAAGGUGAAAACGCUGCAAGACUGGCUUAUCAAGCGGCCGCUGAUCAAUCUCAACCAGGAACGAUGGAGGAACCUUGUUCGAAGCCAGCCAAGGAACUAUUCAGUAUUCGUCAUGUUCACUGCGCUAUCGCCGGGUGUUAGCUGUCCGAUCUGCAAGCCCGCUUAUGACGAGUUCCAUAUCCUUGCCAACUCCUACCGUUACGCUUACCCGGAACUCAAAAAGGCCUAUUUCGCGGUUGUUGACUAUGAGGAGGCUCCGACGCUUUUCCAGCAGAUGAAUUUGAACACCGCGCCCGUUCUCUAUCACUUUGGCCCGAAGGUCACCGGAAAGAAGAAGCCUGAGCAGAUGGAUUUCCAAAGACAUGGUUUUGAUGCGGAUGCGAUGAGCCGCUUCGUGGCAGAAUAUACUGAAGUUAAUAUUCGUGUUCUCCGUCCACCAAACUAUGCCGCACCAGUUGUCGUCCUUCUCCUGAUCAUGCUCAUCCUUGGCCUCCUCUACAUGAAGAGGAACAACCUGGAAUUCCUCUACAACCGCAACUCCUGGGGACUCUUCUGUCUCUGCAUUGUGUUCAUCUUCAUGUCGGGACAGAUGUGGAAUCAUAUUCGUGGUCCCCCACUGAUUAUGACGAACCCGAACACACGCGAAACUUCCUUCAUUCAUGGCAGCACACAGUUCCAGCUUGUUGCCGAGACCUAUAUCGUGGCCGCCCUCUACGCGGCGAUCACUGCCGGUUUCAUUCUAAUGGCUGAUGCGAUUGAUAGCAAACCGAAGAAAGACACUGAUGGGAAGUCGCGUGGAAAGGACAAGACGACCAGCAUCUUCCCACCAAACGUCGUCGUCUACGUUGGUCUGGGAAUGGUCGCGGUGUUCUUCUCGCUCCUGCUGUCCAUCUUCCGCUCCAAAUACCAGGGUUAUCCCUACCUGUUCCUUUUCUCC